AUGGACGACAUAAAAAACAACGCAGUCCCACAAAUGGACGACACUGACGACACCCUCUCCUUCUGCGACUUCUCCCUCAACAACGACGACUACGAGAACUACUCGCCGUCUCCCCGCCAAUACCCGGACACCCCGGAAAGCUUCUUCGAGUUCCUCAUCGACCCGGAUUUCGAACCUGACUCUUCCGCAGUGGGCCCCACGCUCGACGCUAUCGUCUUCUGCGGCAAAACGAUCGCCUACGAUGACCCCCAAAACCCAAAGCAGCCCAAAUUGGUCCAGAGGGACCCACGAAACGGCCUCUUCCUCUUCAAAACCAACUCCUUCAAGAGGUCCCACAGUUUCCGAUCGGCCCACGAUCUGGCCAUAUCCUCGCCGUUCAAGCCCAGCUCACCGGCCACCGGGAGCUGCCGGUACCAGAGCAGCAAGUCCCGCAAGCAUAAGAUGGUUCUGAUCGGGUCGCUGGUCAAGCCCCAGCCCAAAAUGGAGCUCCGCGAUAUCAAGAGGAGGCAGAGCCGGCGGGUCCCGAAGCCGAUGUUCCCGGUCGCUAAUGGAACCGAACUGGUUGCCGCUGCACCCGCCGAUGGUGGUGGGGCCCACCACAAGGGCCUGCUUCGGCCGCUCAGGUGCAGGGCCCACCUCGUGAGUGCGUUGGUUAAGGCGUCGUUUGGUUGCAUUCCGUCACCAAAGCCCGUGUAA